AUGUUCUACUGCGUCGACAUUCCUGCAGACAUUACUACUAACAACCAAGAGCUGUACACGCAGGGCUUCAUCCAAGCGGCCAACGCAAUCUUGGACCAGUGCAGCUCAGCCAGCAGCACUACGGCGGCUGCCGAGGAAUUCACGGUCAAGUACCCUUUCGACAUCAUCAAGUACCCUUCCGACAGCAUGCUGGUCGGCCAUCUCGACAACUGGGUCAGAUUCGCCGUCUCGGCGAGGACAAGGAGCCUAGCAAUCGAUCUGGAGCCGGAGGGCCUCAAAUGCUGCGAGUGCCGGUACAGCUUCCCCUUGGAGCUCUUCGACGAGCAAAGCUUGUCCCGUCUCGAGGCCAUUCGUCUUAGCGUGGUGUCGCUCAGAGCGCCACCGCCGGGUUCCGGCGGGUUCCCUAACAUAAAAUCGCUCGAUCUUCGUUUCGUGGACCUCUCUUCGGAUGAUCUUCAACUUGUCCUGUCAGGCUGUUUUCGUCUCGAGAGAUUGUCCAUUGUCUCGUGCCAUAUGCAUGAUGGUGAGUUGAGGGUGCCACCGGCUCCAUGUCUGAGAUACUUGCUGGUGGCCAACAGUUCCGUAAACAAGAUACAGUUAAUCGCCGGGAACCUGACGACUUUUGUGUAUGAUGGACCUAUGGUGCCUCUUGAGGCUCUGGAGCUAAGGCACGCGGAGUUGGAUUUCAGCAGCUUGUUGACGCUGGAGGAUGCCAUUACUGAGCUUCCCAAAGCGAUUCCUCACGCGCAAAACCUGCAUCUGAUUGCACCCAUGACAUUAGAGGAGCUUCACUUGCCGGAGUGUGCGAUCAAGUUUGCUCAUCUAAAGCAUCUAGAGCUGACAUUGUGCUUAUAUGGUCCCGGCUGUGAGAAUAACCUCCUCUCUUUGGCUUCUUUUCUGAAAGCCGCUCCUCUACUAGAAGGUUUAUAUAUAAAUUUUGAGAACAGCUGGUUACCAAUGCAAGUUUACGAGUUACCAGCUCUCAGGAGCCUUCCUCCGUGUCCCCACGGUCAUCUCAAGAGGCUGCGCAUUGGAGGGUUCUGUGGGACCCUUGGCGAGAUCGAGCUCGCGGCUCACGUCGCUGACAACUCCCCCAGGCUUGAGUCCUUGGUCAUAGAUCCGGUCAUGAGACAAGUGAACGAUUAUACCUGUGAUUUAACGCCUAGCGGUAGAGCUAAGUUCUUGGGUGAGACCCGUGACUAUGCCAACAUAUACCUUGCCGGGAGAGUCGCGCAGCAGGGCGCACGGCUUCAUGUUCUCUGGUGA